GGUGGAGCUGCCGGGCAGAGGCGAGUUAGGACGCAGCCGGUCGUACGGGCGCGCAGCAUUCUGGGAAGUGUAGUCUGGCCCGGACUCGGACACCCCUUCGGAUGAAUGGGGCCCCGCUGACAGCUAACUACAGCUCCUCGCCGGCAGCGUUGGUGGCGGCUGCCGGGAAAAGGGAGACCGCGACGGCCCCGGGAGAGCAGCACUGCGGGACGGUGGUGAUGUUCAGUGCCGCGGCGAGGCGGCAGCCGGGUUUCCUGGGGUAGCAGUCUAGGCGGGCGCUUCCUCUGCGCGCUUGCUCCCCUUACCCUGCCCCGGCCAUGCGCCCGGCCUUAGCGGUGGGCCUGGUUUUCGCAGGCUGCUGCAGUAACGUGAUCUUCCUAGAGCUCCUGGCCCGGAAGCAUCCAGGAUGCGGGAACAUUGUGACAUUUGCACAAUUUUUAUUUAUCGCUGUGGAAGGCUUCCUCUUUGAAGCUGAUUUGGGAAGGAAGCAUCCAGUUAUCCCAAUAAGGUACUACGCCGUAAUGGUGACCAUGUUCUUCACCGUCAGCGUGGUGAACAACUACGCCCUGAAUCUCAACAUCGCCAUGCCCCUGCACAUGAUAUUUAGAUCUGGCUCUCUAAUUGCCAACAUGAUUCUAGGAAUUAUCAUUUUGAAGAAAAGAUACAGUGUAUUCAAAUAUACCUCCAUUGCCCUGGUGUCUGUGGGGAUAUUUAUUUGCACUUUCAUGUCAGCAAAGCAGGUGACUUCCCAGUCCAGCUCGAGUGAGAAUGAUGGAUUCCAGGCAUUCGCAUGGUGGUUGCUAGGUAUUGGGGCACUGACUUUCGCUCUUCUGAUGUCAGCAAGGAUGGGUAUUUUCCAAGAGACUCUGUACAAACAAUUUGGGAAACACUCCAAGGAGGCUUUGUUUUAUAACCAUGCCCUUCCACUUCCUGGUUUCAUCUUCUUGGCUUCUGACAUUUAUGACCAUGCAGUUCUAUUCAAUACUUCUGAAUUAUAUCAGGUUCCAGUGGUUGGUGUGAUAGUGCCCAUCAUGUGGUUCUACCUCCUCAUGAAUGUCAUCACCCAGUACGUGUGCAUCUGGGGCGUCUUCAUCCUGACCACAGAAUGCGCCUCCCUCACCGUCACCCUCGUCGUGACUCUACGCAAGUUUGUGAGCCUCAUCUUUUCCAUCUUGUACUUCCAGAACCCUUUCACUCUGUGGCAUUGGCUGGGCACCUUGUUUGUCUUCACUGGGACCCUAAUGUACACAGAGGUGUGGAAUAACCUGGGAAUCACCAAAGGCCAGCCUCAGAAGGAGGCCAAGAAGAACUGAGGCCUUCCUGGAGCAGAGAGACCAGAGGCUAGUGAGCCAGGGUCUGGCCACCAUUUCACCUUGGUUAAUGCUGAAUCACCCCCCAUGUGCCAGAGAAUCCUCAGAGGGACGGACUUCUCAGAUUUCUCAUGACUAUACAGACCAACAUUUGUGGACCCUGAAUAGAAGCCCCCAACCCUGAAAUAG